GUCUUUAUAGGUCAAAAUUGGCGCGAAUACUAUGAUAGAACUCAACAGGAAAUGCAGUUAGUAGUGUGACAUAAAGUUAGAUUUGUCAUAAUGAACGGUGAUUCUCAUAAAAACCAUGAAGAAAGUCGAUAUUUGAACGAAAUUGCUUCUAUUAUCAAAGAUGGUAAUCUGAGGGACGAUAGAACUGGAGUUGGAACUUACAGCUGCUUCGGACGUCAGUUUAGAUACAAUCUUCGAGAUGAAACCUUUCCGCUUUUAACAACAAAAAGAGUGUUUUUUAGAGGUGUUGCUGAGGAACUAUUCUGGAUCAUUAGAGGGUGUACAGAUAGUAAAAAAUUGGCCGAGAAGAACGUGCACAUUUGGGACGCCAACGGUAGUCGAGAGUUUCUCGAUAAUCUCGGCUUUACGGAUAGGCGAGAAGGAGAUUUAGGUCCAGUUUACGGAUUUCAAUGGCGCCAUUUUGGUGCCAAAUAUAACGGGCCUGAUGCUGAUUAUAGCGGUCAGGGUGUCGAUCAAUUGCAAGAUGUUAUUGAUAAGAUCAGGAAGAAGCCAUAUGACAGAAGAAUAAUUAUGUCAGCGUGGAAUCCGUCAGAUUUAUCGAAAAUGGCUCUGCCGCCUUGUCACGCUUUCGUUCAAUUCUACGUCUCUAACGAAGAACUAUCAUGUCAACUCUAUCAAAGAUCAGCCGACAUGGGCCUGGGCGUUCCUUUCAACAUUGCAAGCUACUCUCUUCUCACUAUUAUGAUAGCACACAUUUGCGAAUUAAAACCUGGUGAAUUCGUGCAUACAAUCGGAGAUUGUCACGUCUAUACCAAUCAUGUGGAAGGAUUACAAGAGCAGUUAAAAAGGGAACCUCGUCCUUUUCCCAAGAUACGUGUUAAGGGGAAAGUGGCAAACAUAGAGGAUUUCAAAUUGGACGAUUUUGAGCUCGAAGGUUACAAGCCGUAUCCAAAAAUCGCUCUCGAAAUGGCCGUUUAA